AUGAGAUUCACGGCCCCCUUCGCCCUCUUCGCGCUUGCCGCGGCUGCGCCUACCCCCGAGGCCUCCAAGAGCGCCGCUGACAACCUGCUGUCAUCCAUCUCGUCUUUGGACCUCGCCCAUGACGAUGUUGUUCUGUAUGGCGUCAACGGCGAAUACAAGGUCAUCAAGGAGGCCGAUUUCCAGAACCUCACCGAUGCUGGCACUCUGAUCUACGGCGGUGACGAGGUCAAGGCUCGUAGCCUCCCCGAUGCUCUGGCAUCCCUUGAGGCUCGGGACUGCGAUGGACGCAACGUCGAGUACGAAAUCACCAGCCAAGCCAACUUCCUCGACUGGGAUGUCCAGAUCUCCCCCGUCAUCGGAGCCCAGCAGGCCCCUGUCACCAUCGCUGUCGCACGCGGCUACCAGGUUGCCAACUCCAUCACCAUCGGAGAGACCGCCGGAAUCUCUGCCGAGGGCCUUUCUGUCAGUCUCAAGAUCGACUACCAGACGACCUGGACCACCAGUGAUACCACGACCAUCACCUACACCGUCCCCACCGGACAAUACGGCGUCAUUGUCAGCCAGCCUUACGUCCACCGCAUGUAUGGCACCGCCUACAGCUCGUGCGGCACGGGCGGUGGAACGACGGAGAACUGGCAGUCCACUACCCACACGAGCCAGACCUACGCCAGCAUGAACUGGGUCACUGGUGUCUUCCGCCUCUGUGCGAACAAGAACUACCCUGUUCCUUUCUGCAACGGCCAGGGCUCUCAUAAAUAA